CAAAAGAGCAACCAAAACAGGGUAUGCCAUCCACCCACAAUGGCAUGGAAUUUUUACCCAAGGAAAUCAUGUACAACAACACGUGUAUUGAGCGCAUUGAGAUUAGUGGAUGUGAUUCACUGAAGCACUUUGCAAUAGGCCAGCUACCUCCAACACUUAAGCGGCUAUGCAUACAGAAUUGCAAGAGUAUGAUAAUUUUACUUGAUGAGGAUGAUGCCAAUAGUUGCAAUACUAGCACAUCUCUUCUUGAGUUCUUGGAGAUUUGGAAGUGUCCAUCCCUCAAAUUCUUAACAUCUAGCGUAGAAUUAUUGGCAACACUUAAACACCUCGAUGUUAAAGAUUGUGGAAAGCUGGUGUCAAUAGCGAAAAGUGAAGAAUUACCUGCAACACUUCAACACCUUACAAUUUGGAAUUGUGGACAGCUGGAGUCAAUAGCGAAAAGUGAAGAAUUGCCUGCAACACUUCAACAGCUCAAUAUUAAAUAUUGUAGACAGCUGGAGUCAAUAGCGAAGAGCUUCCAUCACAACUCGUCUCUUGAAAAGAUUAAAAUUUGGAGGUGUGAAAACCUUAAAUCCUUACCCACGGGCAUACACACCCUCAGCCAUCUAGACACGAUUGAUAUUUAUAAUUGUCCAACUCUUGUUUCCUUCCAAGACGGAGGGUUGCUCCCUAGCAACCUUAGAGAGUUAAGGAUUUUUGGUAUGGCCCUACCUAAGUGCAUUCACAACAUCACCUCACUUCAAAAUUUAUACAUUUGGAGGAGUCCAAGUGUGGUAUCAUCCUUUCCGGAUGAGGGUUUUCCCGCCAACCUAACAUCACUUACAAUCUGGUAUUGCAACUUCACUGAGGCCUUGCUUGAAUGGGGGCUGCACAGGCUUACCUCUCUUCAACAUCUUUCUAUUACAGGUGAAUGUCCGAAUGUGGAGUCCUUUCCAGAGAAGAUGCUGCCCGCGUCUCUUACUACCCUCACCAUCCGAGAGUGUGAAAAUCUCACAUCCUUUCCAGAGGAUGGCUUGCCUCCCUCACUCCAGAAACUCACCAUCGGAAGCUUCCCCAAUCUGAAAAAUCUGCAUUCCCUUCGAAACCUCACCUCUCUUGAAAACCUGGAUAUCACCAAGUGUAAAAAUCUCACAUCCUUUCCAGUGGAUGGCCUGCCUCCCUCACUCCAGCAACUCAGUAUUACACAUUGUCCUCUACUGGGAGAACACUGCAAGAAAGAUCAAGGACGAGAGUGGUCCAAGAUAGCCCACAUCCCUUGCGUUCAUAUUGAUUAUAGGUUCGUGUUUGACUUGGAAGAGAAGGAUUAGGGAGGUCUAUCGUCAAUUGACCCGCAGAUUUUACUUAAUGUAAGACAACUAUUGAGAAACAAAUCCAAAGAGCCGUGGGCGGGUCCACUAUGCAAGUCUUCUCCAUGAGCCACACAUCAGGCUGUUCAAGAGGCCUCUAAACUGUUAGUAGCAGGAGGAGAACAUGCAUCAUCCCCCACAAAUAUACUUGUAAUCUCUCCAACUAGAGUUCAUAUUUUCCUAAGAAACAAUCUGGAUGUUUUGGAACUUGGGUUUGUAUAUUGGUUAAUUUUCCUGUUCGGAAAUUUUAUGCUUGUCAUUGGCAUUGCGUUGAUAUAAAAGGCUCUUUUGUUUUUGUCUGAAUGUUUGCGUUGGAGAGAUCUUGUUGCUCCUAUUUCUUAAUGUUCUUGUUGGGUUCACAUAAACGCACAACAGGUAUUUGUUGAAUUGCCUCACCGACCAAGCAGAGAGUGUAAGCCUCCGAAUAUUGAAUUUUUUCAUUACUAUGAGUGACUUUGUUGGCUUGACAAAAGAGAAGAAACCUGUAAGUUUAACACUCCCAGCCUAAACACCAAACCUAGAGCAUAUAUUGCAUUUUCUCCAAUGAUUUGGCAUCACACCC